CGGCGAUCUACUGGUUAUCCCGCCAUGGCGCUCUGCUCACGUCUUCGUAUCCUGUCGUUAUCGUUCUGCUGUCUUGCUGUCUAUUUACUCGUUCUACCUGCGUAUUCACAACAUCACACCGUUCCCGUUCGGGUGGUAGAACGCGAUCUACCUGGACUUUCGCCAGCUGCUAUCCUGGCUAUUCCUGAACUAUCAGAUCCAUCUAUAAAUCUUGACUCUUCGAAUCCGAACUCUCAUCUGUCUAAAAUACUCAUCCCAAGAACGCCCGGCACCGAGAACAACACCUUCGUUCGCAAGUACAUUGUAUCGACACUUCGUGCACUUGAUUGGGAUGUUGAGGAAGACAGCUUUACCGAUGACACUCCCUACGGACGGAAGACCUUCACGAACGUGAUCGCAACGAAGAAUCCGGAGGCGCCCAGACGUGUGGCGUUGUCCGCCCAUUUCGAUAGCAAGUUCUUCUCGAGCUAUCCACAGAACCAGUUCGUCGGCGCGACAGACUCUGCAGCUCCUUGUGCCCUCAUGCUCGACCUCGCCCAAACACUGGACCCACUCAUCAAUGCACGGGUCAAACGUAUCGCAGAAUCAGAUUCAAUAGACGAUGACGAUGACGAGUUCUCGGACGUCACUCUACAGCUGAUCUUUUUCGACGGAGAAGAGGCGUUCAAAGAUUGGACGGCUACGGAUUCGAUCUAUGGCGCACGGCACCUGGCGAAUAAAUGGUCGACAACAUAUCUCCCACCGCACCCCAAACGCCGUCUCAUGUCCGCUUCCACGCCUGUAACGCCCCUAUCCACACUGGACCACCUCAUUCUCCUCGACCUCCUAGGCGCCGCCAACCCUACCGUCCGCUCAUUCUUCGCUGAUACGGCAUGGCUCUUCGAUAUCCUAGUCCGUGCAGAAGACAGGCUGCAUGAUAAUGGAGUUUUGAGUGAGGAGGAAGAGCGGAGCGAUGCUGUAGGCGAGGUGACGGAGAAACGAGCGUUCAGGAGUUUCUUCAUGGCGAGGGACGAUCCAAGGAGUGUGCGGUGGGGGAGUAUUGGAGAUGAUCAUGUUCCGUUCUUGAAGGGUGGUGUUAGUAUUUUGCACGUUAUCACGGAGCCGUUCCCGAAGGUGUGGCAUACACUUCAGGAUGACGCCACAGCACUCGACCUCCCAACCCUUCGUCGUUGGAACCUGAUCCUUCGAGUCUUUUUCUGCGAGUACUUGGGCCUUGACCCUCUCGACGCUUCGCCAACGAAGGCAAGAUCUGAAUCUCAGUCGGACGGUGCGACGGCGAGUGGCGAGAGUACAGUGAGAAGGUCGGACAGUGAGCUUUAGAUGACCUCGGCAUUAUCAGAGGAUGUGAUGUCGCUCGAGACGAUAAUAUUUAUGUAUUCAGACAUGGACAUUGAGUCUGGAACGGAUUCGCCGAUGUUAUUCGUGGUCUAUGAGAUGCCGUUUUUUCGUACUCUUGAUACUUUCUAGUUUCUUGAAUCAUAACUUGUUU